AUGCCAUGGUUUUCAUCUUGGAUUUCAAGCGAGGGGACAUCAUAUAUUCAUCUGGAGCUGGAUACAUUUAUUUCUUGGAUUAUUUGCUCCCUUUCCUUCUCGUCGGCUAGAUCUACUUGCCUUGACUCUCCUGCUAGAGUGUCAGAUCACCGACUUUUGUGUGGCCGUCAUGGUUUUCUAUUGCCUCUGGAAAUAUUGCUAGUUAAUUACUACUUCUGUAUGGAUCCUCAAAUAGAACCAUUGAGUGUACACGGUUUUGAUGAUGCCCCCAGAAAGCUGCUUGAUCGUCUGAUGUACCCAGGGCCAUAUUACGAUGGAAGAGUAAAAUCAAUCUUCUUUGGCGGCUGGGCCUGUGGUGUUGGAGCCUCUGCUGUUCUUAGAGCCACAGCUGAACUCGUGAAAUCGGAAAGAAGUGAUCCUGACAUGAGAAAGCAUAUUGAAAAAGUUAUCCAUGUAGACUGCUCUUUUUGGAAGAAUAGAAGAACUACGCAGAGGGCAAUCGCGGAGGAGUUACAUCUUGGCCAUGUAAUGCCCAUAUUUGAUAAGCAGGACAAUGAUGAUGACUUUAGAGGGGUAGACGUCAGCUCUAGAGUAGAGAUACCAAGCAUCAGCAGUGAGAUCUAUUUAUCUCUAGCAAAUGAAAGAUUUUUGAUGAUUUUUCAUUAUGGGGGAGAAGAAGACAUUGAUUUGGCAGCAUGUGGCAUUCCCAAUCCUGAAUUUGGAACCUAUGCUUCAGGUAAACUGUUAUGGAGCAGUUAUGGAAGAUUUAAGCUCACAGAGGAAAAAAUAAAGUUAAAAACCAUCUCUGCUUACUCUAGAGUGAUUUAUUUGGAUCCCAUGUAUCAGAUGUACAGUGAACUUCCGAGUCAACUUCUGCAUCGUUCAUUGCAUGAAGAAGCUGCUGAAGUCAUUGGUCAUAUCGGCAUGUAUGACGUCAACCCAGCAACAGUUUUGGAUUGCUUCAUGUACUCACUGUUUUUGACCGAGCAACUACAUGGAAAGUCUAUCAGUGCUGACUAUGGUUGGGAUACUCAUGCGUGCAACUGCUGGAUAUGUGAUGGCAUCCUUCAAGGGGACAAAGCUUGCGAUGUUGGCAGUGCAUUGUAUGGAGUGAUACGGAUGUGCUAUAGUUACUAUGGAGACAAAAUAUUAGCACGCUAUUUGGAUGGACAUAGAGAACGAUAUGAAAGUUGGAUUUCAAUCUCCUGCAACCAAUUAGCGCAAGAUAUCUUAGUUGUUCCUGUCAAUGCAUCAUCAUAUUUUCUAACAUUUUGGGGAGAUGGUCAGCUGACAGUACCAAAUGAUUUAUUUCAACAUUCUAGCAACCUCCGUGUGCUAAAACUUUGCAAUUGCAGCUUCGAUUUUGCAUCCCCUCCUUUUCAAUGUUGUCGCAACCUGAGAUUCCUUUGGCUUGACCAUUGCACAAACACUGGAGGGGAGCAGGUUGGAGGGCCAUGUUUCCCAAAUCUGUCGGUGCUUGAUGUACGCUUCACUUGUUUUCUCUUGUUGGAAGAGAUGAUAGAGCUGAUGACCAAUCUCAGGGAGGUAAAUACCAAGGGUGUCUCAUGGAGGAUAGUAAGUCAUGCAUGGAGAAGUCUACAGAACCUUCAGAAGCUUCGGUUAACUGAAUCCUUAGAUGUGAUCACGGUGGACACCUGCCCUUCUGUUGAUAUGAUUAAUCUGGAGCUCCAUGACUUGUCAGGUAACAUUCAUAUGAAAUCAAUGCCGACAAUGUCAUCAACAUGGUGCUUGAAGAUGCUUGUUCUUGAUGGGUGUUCCAGCUUGGGGCAUGUUGAGCUCGAAGGAGCCCCUCCACUGCUCGAGAGUUUUAGCUUCGAUGGUUAUGGUCCAGCAAAGAAGUGGACACAUCACAUACAACUUCCAAAGGCGGAACAACGUCCCAAGUCUCGCACUGCUUUAGUUCAAGAAGCAAUGAUGAGAAGGAUAUCUCUGAAGGGUUUUACUCAAUUGCAACACAUGUUCUUGCGUGCAUUGCCCAACCUUGAGGAGUUGGACCUCUCUGGCACAUCUAUUAAAACACUUGACCUCAAUGCAAUGGAUGUUGCACAACUCAAGAAGCUAUUCCUGUUAGGUUGUGAACAGCUCUGUAGCCUACUCUGCGACGGAAAAAACCCUCCAUUGGAAGCUCUGCAUGUAGACACUCGGGGGAAGACUGGGUCAACGACCUACUGCAGAGAACAAAAUUCCUCUGGCAUUCAGGCAAUUAUGGCUUUUACAGAUGGAAGGUUCAUUUGGUCCAUAAUAAAGGGUCUUUGUGCUAUGCAUGGCUCCAAAGUGCAUGUCCAUAUCGCUUCUAAAAUCCACAACCAAGUCAACAUCACCAAAAGUAUUGAACACGUUGGGCGUAGUCAAGAAGGUCCGGUUCCAACAUGGCCCUUCUUGCCUUACAAUGAUAUUGUCGUUAACAAAGAUAUUGGCAUGUGCUCGUCCUUGGUGUGGGAUCAUUGUCAACUUUAUCCUUUGGAUGUUCACAUUGAGAUUGGUGAAGAAAGCCACCAUUUAGAGAGUAUGAAUGACCAUGUAAUGUUCUUGCAUGGUUCCUCCAUAGGGGAUAAAGUGCAAUCGUUGCAUGUGCAUGACAAUGUCUCGGUCACAACUAUCAUUCCAGAGUUAUCACUACAUUGGAACAGUCUAGAAUGGUGUCAUGUUGAGAGAUGCCCUAAGAUGCACAAUGUCUUCUCUCGUUCGGUUGGAAUUAAUACCUUUAACUCAAUAAGGAUAUUUUCUGCAUCUGAUCUCCUUAUGGCCCAUUGCAUCUGGAGUAGACACAUUGGACAUCACUGUGGGCUACAACACAUAUACUUGUACAACUGUCGUAGGCUGGCGUUCGUGCUCCCCAUUUCCUCCACCUUGCCAAACUUGGAGACAAUUCAGAUUGCAUACUGUCGUAACAUCCAACAUAUUUUCCCACUAUAUCAAAACCAUCGCCGUAUAGCAUGUGGUGUCACAUUCAAGAAGCUGAGGCACAUCAAGCUAUAUCAUCUCCACAAGCUAGAGAAAAUAUGCGAGGUUAGACUGUUUGCGCCAGCGUUGGAGACGGUCAGCCUCAGGGACUGCUAG